UUAGUUUUAAUCUCUUAAUGAAGGCUUUGCUCUUGUCGCCUUCUCUUCUUCUUCCUCCAAUCCUCCCAUUUAUGUACUUCUAAUAUUCCUGCAAGGAGAGAGGAGAGAAGGUUUAGAGAAGGGCACAACGUUUUUCCCUUCCACAACAACAACAAUAAUCGCGCCUCAAUCAUAAGUAAAUUGGGAGCGCUCAUAAAUUGAUUAGUUUUACGCUGGCUGUCAACCUGCCGCGAGCAUUCAUUCCUCCUUUACCAAGGCUUGGGAGCGGCAACAAUUUAUGUUGAGUAGCAACCAAAGAAAAUAUUGUGUCACCAUUUGGAAAGACUCAGGCCAAGGCUAAUUUUGUCCAAUUUGGGAACAAAGGAAAAUUGAAAUCAGCCAAAAAUGAAUGACUUGUUCUCUAAUUCGUUUAAAAAGUACCAAGACCUUAAAAAACAUGUCCAAGUGGAUGAUCUAGAGGGUGGUCAAGUUAGCCAAUCAGAAAAUGAAAGCAUUGAUCUUGCUAAAUUCUUUGAAGAUGUAGAGAAUGUGAAAGAGGAUAUGAAGAAUGUCGAAAAGCUCUACAAAAAACUACAAGAAUCAAAUGAAGAGAGCAAACUUGUACAUAAUGCCAAGACUGUCAAAGAAAUAAGGUCUAGGAUGGACUCAGAUGUAUCACAGGUCUUGAAACGCGUCAAGAUGAUCAAAGGAAAACUGGAAGCCCUCGAACGAUCCAAUGCAGCUCAUAGGAAAAUCCCAGGUUGUGGUCCUGGUUCUUCUGCAGAUCGAACGAGGACUUCAGUAGUUAGCGGGUUAGGGAAGAAAUUAAAAGUCCUCAUGGAUGAUUUCCAGGCAUUAAGGGCGAGAAUGAAUGAUGAAUAUAAGGAGACCGUUGCAAGAAGAUACUUUACUGUGACAGGAGAAAAGGCGAAUGAUGAUUUGAUCGAAAAUCUAAUAUCGAGCGGGGAGAGUGAGUCCUUCCUCCAGAAGGCAAUCCAAGAACAAGGUAGGGGCCAGAUUAUGGACACUAUUUCAGAAAUACAAGAAAGACAUGAUGCUGUGAAGGAGAUUGAGAAGAAUUUGAUUGAGCUACACCAAAUAUUUCUAGACAUGGCUGCAUUGGUGGAAGCACAAGGCCAACAAUUGAAUGAUAUUGAAAGUCAUGUGGCACAUGCAAGUUCUUUCGUUAGGCGAGGGACUGAGCAACUAACAGAAGCUAGGGAGCUACAGAAAAGCUCAAGAAAGUGUACUUGCAUUGCCAUUUUCCUUAUCAUUUUGCUUGUCAUUGUCCUUACUUUUCCUCUCUGGUGGCCAUUACUUGUUAGCAAAAUUGCAAAUUAACAUAAGAAGAAAAAAAAAGCAACCCACCUGAAUUUUGGAAGUGUACUAAGAUUAGACUUGUUUGGUUGUUUGAAGAAGAAACAAAUAAAAGUUUGAUCAGGUUAUUGUGAAUUUUAGGAAAUUUUUGGCAAUGUGACUAUGAUUUGUAAGCAUUUCCUUCAUUUAAUCAUUAUCAGUACCUUCUUUUCUUUGA